AUGGCAUCCACGGGCCAGGAGAUAACAAUCGGCGGAGUGGCCAAGGGCUCGGGGAUGAUUCACCCCAACAUGGCGACGAUGCUGUCCUUUGCGACAACCGACGCCGCCGUCGAUCCCGGAUUUUUGCAGAUGACGGUGAAGGCCGUGGCCGACGAGACGUACAAUAUGCUGACGGUGGACGGCGACACCAGCACCAACGAUACGUUUUUGGCCUUCGCCAACGGACAGGCGGGCAAUCCGGUUAUUGACGAACGUUCACCCGAUGCCGAAUCGUUCCGCAACGCCCUGCAUCAGGUUUGCAACGCCCUGACCCGAAUGCUGGCCAGGGAUGGAGAGGGCGCGUCGCACCUCAUUACGGUGCGGGUUGAUGGCGCGCGCGACGUAGCCGACGCGCGAAAGGCAGCCAAGACGAUUGCGGGCAGCAAUCUGGUGAAGUCGGCGGUGUACGGUGCAGACCCCAACUGGGGACGCCUGAUGAUGGCGUUGGGCCGCAGCGGAGCCGAGGCGCAGGAAGAGCACGUGGACUUGUUCGUAAACGGGGUUUGCAUCAUGGAGGCCGGUACGCCGAUACCCUUCCACCGGGAUGCCGUGAUCGCCCUGAUGUCGGGGGAGCAGGUGGACUUCCGAGUGAGCCUGAACCUGGCCGACGGAGUCGCAACCGCCUUCGGGUGCGACCUGACCGAGCAGUACGUCAUCAUCAACAGCGCGUACACGACCUGA